AUGGAUAUUCUGGUUAUUGAUAAUGGCAGUGAAGUGACAGAGUUCAUCCUGGUGGGUUUGCCCAACCAUCCAAAAUUUCAGAUUGCCUUUUAUUGCACCAUGGUAGUGGUCCACCUGAUCACAUUUGUUGGUAACAGUCUCAUUAUUGUUGUGGUUAGAGUUGAUGGGCGGCUUCACACUCCUAUGUAUUUUUUCCUGAGCGACCUGUCCUUCCUUGAUAUCUGCUACUCCAGCAAUUCAGUACCUUUUUUGUUGUUCAGUGGCUUAAGAGACUACCCCACCAUUUCCUAUAAUAGCUGUUAUGCCCAGAUGACCAGUGCUUUUUUUCUGGGGAUGACAGGGUGUCUUCUCCUUGCUGUCAUGGCUUAUGAGAGAUUUGUUGUGAUCUCCAAUCCCCUGCGCUACAUCAUCAUUAUGAACAAUAAGGUCUGCAUACAGUUGGUCAUGGUGACCUGGGCCAGUGCCUUCCUUAUGUCAUUAAUACCAGUCAUUGCAAUUCCUGCCCAUUUUUGCGGACACAAUGUCAUCAACCAUUUUACCUGUAAGGUGCAGGAGUUGUUGAAGCUUGUCUGCUCGGACAUCCCAGGCAGCCUCAUCCUCGGUCUAGUCAUCGGCAUGUUCACCUUGCCCCUGCCCUUCACCUUCAUCCUCUUCUCCUAUGCUCACAUUGUGGUUGCUGUGCUGAGGAUCAACUCUGCAGAGGCCAGACUCAAAGCUUUCUCCACCUGUGGAUCCCAUCUGACUGUGAUCAUCAUAUUUUAUGGGACAGCCACCUACAUGUACUUGAAACCUCAGUCAAGGGAAUCCCAAGAUCAAAAUGAUAGCAUCUCUGUAUUUUAUGGUGUUGUGACCCCUAUGUUGAACCCCCUCAUUUACACCUUGAGAGACAAGGAUAUUCAGCUCAUCACUUUCAAUCUUUACACCUCAGUUUUCUCAUCUGUAAAAUGGUGA